UGUUUUGUUUUUUAACUGUGUGCCAACUUUGUUUCCUCAAGAACAAUACCACUUCUGACUUUUGUGAGAGAAACUUCAGUCUUGGCUUUCAAAAGAGACCAAGACCACGCAUGAGCAGCAGGCAGAUUAUUUGGGUACGUCCCAAAAAGGCAUUUUUUUGUUUGUUUUGUUGGUUUGUUUGUUUGUUUUGCAAAACGAUUGAACUGAUAAGAGGUUAACAUCAAAUCGGGCUGAAUGUGGCCCCCUGAACUUGAAUCGAUUUAACGCCCCUGGAUAACUAAACUCACGGUCCGCUCCGUGUGGGUGAAUCCAGUUCCGUGUAUUGAGCCCUCGCCGGAGGAGCUUCUCAGUCCAAUCCGGGAUGAAGUGACUCCCUGUUCCUGGAUUUCCGUCCUGCUCCUGCUGCUGCUGCUGCUGCUCGGCUACAUUGUAUCAGUUCCCACACGAAGAAGAAGAAGAACAAGAAGCAGCAGAAGAAGAAGAAGAAGCAACGGCGCCUCAAACCAGAAACGGACGAGUACGGAGGAAUUACCCUGGAUGGAAAGCUCUCCGCUGUGGGAUUAAUUGCAAGAAGAAGAGGAAGAAGAAGGAGGAGGGGUCGCGGCGGUAGAAGAGAAGAGGGGGGUGGACCCAUUGGACCGGACUUGUGUCGGGGGUUUGAGACCAGCACCGAGAAAACAUGCGCUGCGGACUCGGCUGCUGUCGAAGUGUGAUGGCAGGAGUCCAGUGAAUCGCUGGCCUGCCCUCCUCUCUUCUUCUCUUGUGUUGGAUGCGUUGGGGAGUGCUUCAGAUUUUUUUUUAAAAGACAGGUUUUAUUCUAAUUUAAACCCUACUACUCUUUUAUAUAUAUAUAUAGAGAGAGAGAGAGAAAAGAGCUCCCAACACCAUGGACAGACCACGGUUUGGAAUAGGAGUAUCUAGCUAAGUCGGGCGAAAUGUGGUUAAAUGGGACAGGAACGAGUACACCGUGAGGAUUCUCUAACCCCUUCCCCCGAGUCCAAACCGUCUAAGAGGGUGUCGGACCUCACUGAGGCAAUCCUGGGCCGUUGGCACUAAAAUGUCCCUAAGUGGUGGCACUGCAGGCGGGAAAGGUGUGGACUCUAAUGCGGUGGACACUUACGACAGCGGGGAUGAGUGGGAUAUCGGUGUUGGAAAUCUGAUUAUUGACCUUGACGCUGACUUAGAGAAGGACAAACUUGAGAUGUCUGGCACCAAGGACGGUAUGGCGGCACCACCCAGUGCAGUGGCAGCGUUGCCUGACAACAUCAGGUUUGUUACCCCAGUGUCUGGCUCUCAAGGCAAGGAAAGCAAAUCCAAAUACAAGCGCAAUAAGAACUCUAAAGACAGUAGUAGCAAAGCUUCAGCUGGAGAUGGGGGCAAAAAAGAAACUACAGGACGGACUCAAGGGGAGCCCACAGGCACGGCAGCGAGUGCAGCCGCUGCCGGCAACAAUUCCACCUCUGGGAAGAACAUGGAAAAAGGGGGCAAAGCCUCCAGAGGUGUCCUCAGUGGCAAAAAAGAGAAAGAAGGGGCUAGCGGGAAAAGCAAGAAGGACAAAACAGAUGGCGCCUCGGUCGUCGCAAUCGGUGUCUCGGAGAAGGAUGUCGUGUCUCAAGGCCAAGUUGCUUUGGGGAAUAGUCGUAAUGCGUCCUUUGAGAACACACAAUCAACAGACUUGGCAGAAGCCAAUCAAAUGGGAAAUAUUGCACUUGAACCUGUUGGGAUAGUACCAGCAUUGACCACAAAACCUGAUCCGGAUGAGGUGGAAAAUGGUAACAGUGAAUGCAAGACGUUAAAGAAGGUCAAAAAUGAAAAGAUGGAAUCUCCUGUCUCCACGCCAGCUCCUCCCCCCCUCCACCUCCUGGCCGCGGUGGGCAACAGCGAGAUCGCCUCGCCGUGCGAGCAGAUAAUGGUGCGCACGCGCUCGGUGGCGGUCAACACGUCAGACGUGGCCCUGGCGACCGAACCCGAGUGCUUGGGGCCCUGCGAGCCUGGUACCAGUGUGAACCUCGAAGGCAUUGUGUGGCAGGAAACUGAAGACGGCAUGCUGGUGGUCAAUGUUACUUGGAGAAACAAAACAUAUGUGGGAACCCUAUUGGACUGUACACGACACGACUGGGCUCCCCCCAGGUUUUGUGAAUCCCCUACAAGUGAUCUAGAAAUGAGGAAUGGUCGAGGUCGAGGUAAGCGAAUGAGGCCGAACAGCAACACCCCUAUCAACGAGAAUAGCAACUCGUCAGACAACAAGGGUGCCACCAACAAUAAGACGCGUGCUGCCUCUAAUAGCAAGGGCCGAAGAGGCAGCCAGACGCCAUCAGAGCGCCGCACGCCACCGAACAGUAACACGGAGGACAUCAAAGCCAGUCCCUCUUCAGCUGGGAAACGUAAGACCAAACCAGCCUCAGACAUGGAACCCAAUUCCAGCUCAGAGGACACCAAAGGCAACAAACGCAUGCGGACAAACUCCAACAGCGGAGGGGUGGGACCAACAGGUCUCCCCAUCCCUUCUAUUAAGACUGAGCCUCUCCCGCCUCCCCUCGAUCGCAGCUGCCCCUCACCAGUGCUUAUUGACUGCCCGCAUCCUAAUUGCAACAAGAAAUACAAGCACAUCAAUGGUCUCAAGUACCAUCAAGCCCGUGCCCACAAUGACGAUGAUAUAAAAUUGGACUUAGAUGGAGAUAGUGAAUAUGGAGAGGACUCGACUCUCCACCCAGAACCAGGGAACUGUAAUGGAGCGUCUAUCUCUCAGAAAGGAUGCUUAUCUCCUGCACGUUCUGUUACACCAAAAGGCAGGAAUUUUGAUGCUCAAAGCCCUUCCCCAUCUCCUGGCAAGUUUGGUUCAAAGCAGAGUAAAAAGAAAAUUACUGAAAUCGACCCAGAAGCAGGAGGUACACCGAUGGAUGGGUGUGAGGAUGGGCCAUGCCUUACGGAUGAGGCCAGCAACGAUGGUAUAGAUGAUAAAAGAGGAUCAGAUAAAUCUAAAAAGGCUAACACUGGCACAAAAGCGGAUAAAAUGGCCCAGAAAAACUUGAAGUCACCACGGCCCAUUGGCCCUGGCACUACAACUCCCCAGCAGAUGUACCCUUUUCCUCCUGGAAACCCCAAUUCUUCCCCUGGCCUUACCCCAAUGAUACAAGGAAUCCCCAAGAGUCCCCAGAUGAAAGGGACACAACCUAAACCACCUGCCAUUGGAGAUCCUGCAUCAAGUAGCUCCAAAGACAAGAAGAAGAAAGACAAAAAGAAAAAAGAUGGAGUGAAGGAGGCUGACAGUCCAAAACCUCCAGGAAAAGGAGGGAAACUGGAGGAAGGAAAGCUUCCAUACCCUGAACCUUGUGAUCAAGGGAGUAAAGGGGAAGGGCUUCUAAAUGGUUCUUCAGAUCCUCAUCAAAGUCGCUUGGCCAGUAUCAAGGCCGAGGCUGACAAGAUUUACAGCUUCUCUGACAAUGCCCCAAGCCCGUCUAUUGGUGUCGCCAGUCGCAUAGACGGUAGUGGAAUGCCUCAACCACUCACACCACUUCACGCGGUAAACCAGAAUGGUGCUGACAAUGCUUCAGUCAAAACCAAUAGUCCAGCAUAUUCAGACAUUUCAGAUGCUGGUGAGGACGGCGAAGGAAAACUAGAAGGUGUCAAAGUCAGGACAGAGGACCAAGCCAUCAGGGAAACUGUUAAAAAAGCACUCUUUCCCAACCAGACACCCAGCAAAGAGUCACCAUAUUAUGCCGGUUAUGAUGCGUAUUACUCACCCAAUUACGUCAACCCCAGUCCCGGUGGGCCUAAUCCAGCGACACCAGUGGCUGAAGGUCAAGUUAAGAUCAAAAGGGAUGACGAGCAGGACCAAGUUGAGGAAAAAGUAAAGGUUGAGGUACAUGAAGAUCGUAAACCUGACACUAGUGGUCCUGGUCAGCAGCAGCCGCAACCUUCAGUCAUCCAACAGCGAUCCAACAUGUACAUGCAGCCUCUUUACUAUAACCAGUACGCUUACGUCCCCCCAUACGCAUAUCAUCCCGAUCAAGCUUACCAUAACCACUUGAUGAACACCAAUCCAACAUACCGGCAACAGUACGAGGAACGACAACGACAAAUGGCUGAACAGCAUCGUGCUGCCGAGAAGAAGUCAGCAGACAUAGCCAUGAAAGAACGUGAAGCAACCGGGAAGGAGGAGUGGAAACACAAGAGCCCAGUGCCACCAAGCCUUUCCAAAGCUCCAAGUCAGUCAGAUCUCGGAAAGACGCCGCAGCCUCCAAGCAAAUCAAGGGACUCACCCUCUGAGCCCUCCUCCAAAUCCAUGGGAAGCAUAAAGGGGGAGGACGCAAAGGCCCAGCAAGCUGAGGGGCUAAAGAUGAAGCUGACUGAAGGGAGCCAUCAUGGAAAGGAAGACUCCAAGCAAACACUGGAGUCCAGAGGUCCAGCAGGAAUCGAGCAGGCCAUGUGGUACAGACAGUACCCUGAGAGCCAGAAGGCCCAAGCAGAAGAUGAACACCAGCAACAACCUCGAUGGAAAGAUGACAGAGACAGAGAACGCGAUCGUAAACUAAAGGAAGACAGGGCCAGGCCAAAGGACAGUCAAAGUGGGCCCAAAGAGGAUGGCAAAGACGGUAGCGAUCUUAGGAUCACUCCUGAAGACCAUCGGGCAAUGAGCAAAGACUCUCGUUCUAAUCCCCACAUGCAGUUCUCAUCACCACUAGCACAACACCAAGGCUACAUGCCAUACAUGCAUGGUUACCCCUAUGGACAAGGCUAUGACCCCAACCACCCUGGAUACAGGGGUAUGCCCUCGGUCAUGAUGCAGAAUUACCCAGGUUCUUAUCUACCUGGAGGGUAUCCGUUUUCUCCAUAUGCGACUAAAAUAGCCGGAGGUGAAGAAGGCGGCGACAAAUCUCGCGCUAGCCCAACUGUCACCAAAACGGCCACGGACUCCAAAGCUCUGGAUAUCCUGCACCAACACGCCAGCCAGUACAAGAGCAAAUCGCCAACAGUAGGUGACAAGCCGCCCCACGACAGGGAGCAGGAGAGAGGAGCUGCAGGAGACAGAGGAGACCGGGAAAGGGAUCGCGAGAGGGAACGAGAAAGAGACGUGGACCGACCGCGCUCCUCGCCCUCCCAGCGCAUCAUGCCCUCUCACCACCACCUGGGAUACUCCCUGCUCUCAGGGCAAUAUGACCUCUCCUACGCUACAGGGAAACCUGACCGUCACACCUCAACCCUGCAAAGAUUCAUGUGACUGGCUCACAUGAGAACAAGAUCUCCCACGUGUUACCUGUUAGACAUCAGUUGAAUGGUGUUUCUAUCUAUAUUUUUAAGUUCUUCUGCCCCAAGCCUUGGCAGACUUUCUCGUCCCCUCAUAAAAAGACCCCAAAUUCUCCAAACCUUGGACUGUAACAGGACUGAUAAUAACCCAGGUUCAAAGCCAUCACUCUGCCCCAUCACGCAGAGGAAACACAGACCCGCUGAUUACCUAGUCUUUGCACUGUCAACAAAUACAAUGCAAAAAGAAACUAUUGGACUGCCAGAACAGCUCUUUCUUUUUUGUUGUCUUCUUUUUUUUUUUUCUUUCCUGAUUGCAUUGUUUUUUGUCACGCAGAAAGAAAUUGGCAGGGGAUUCUGGGAAGUUGUGCGGCUGAUGGGAAAGAAGAGUCAAACUAAAUUAAAGACUGACACACACACAAAAAAAAAGUGAAUCAUAUUGAAAUGAUCUCAACUUUAAUGUCGUUGGCUUAUGCCGUGAAACAACAGUAUAUCCUUAACUUGACAAAUGUUUGGCUAUAUUUCGCGGGGAGAGGGAAUAUGGCAGCAGCUGCUUUCUUCAGAGACUUGAGAGCCUGAGACUGAAGUUUUUCAUUUUCCAUCGUCAUUAAUUCCCACCCUCCUUGAACCCGUUUCAGUUCUUGUUUCAGGGAUGAUGUCGUCAUGUUCUUUUUUUUUUUUUUUUUUUUUUUUUUUUUUUGCGAAGGGACCGCUCACACCUCAACGGAGACUAAACACUAUUCAUGCUUUCUUUUCUCGCCCGUGCUUCAGUUUGAAUUCAUAUCAUCGUGCUCAUCUUUUGAAUGUGUCUGAUGCUGGUGUUCACGUCUGUCCACGUCUCUCACUCAGCGCGGUGAAGCCACAUUAGCGAGCGGCGGGUUCACGGGGCAUCGGGCCACCUGUGUGGGUUUUGGUGUUUUACUGUAAGAUUGUGCUUCUUGUCAAGUUUGAUUGUUUCCUGUAAACAAUGUGAAAAUUCACUCAUGUAUUUUUCUGCUGUAAUAUAGACUUUUAACCUACUUUUUAUGUGCAUAAGUGUUUAUAUUUAACCCAGCACGCUAAAAAUAACUGUUCAGCUUUCACUGCAGCAUUCACCUUUAUGUGCUCGGAGUCCCCGGAUGCCUCGCGCGCUUCUUCUUUGCCCCGAAGGUUUUUGCUCGUCUUGCUGCGUUUUUUUUUUUUUUUUUUAACAUUUUUUUAAUCUUUUUUUUUUAAUCUCCCAACAUGCAGUGUGCAGUUAUACCGGCUCCAGACCUCUGAAUCGCUGUCCACGUUUGAUUAAGCGGAAACUAAAUUGUAAAUCAGUCGGAUUUGUAGGAUAGUGUAAACUGUUAAAAGGCGAAACAUUUCUCUUGGUGCUUCACUUGCUCAUGUGGCUUCACCCCCAACACACAUUCACCUUUAGACAACCUUUGUAUUAGUUUUUUUUUUUGUGUUGUUGUUGUUGUUUUUCCUUUUUAAACCAGUGGCCAGACCUGGGCCUAAGGAGUUGUUGCCCAUGCGGUGGGGGUCAUCUUAUUGCCGCAUCGGUUUUAAAGUGUGUCAUGAGGUGACCCCUAAUGAACAAACAUACCUACAGACAUACAUACAUACAGAACCAAUCAGAUGAAGAAGAAAGUGUGAGAUUUAACAUGAAAAUGCUGAACAGACUGACCUUGGUCGUGCACACGUCUGAGCUAAAAAGCAGAACCUUGCCCUCUGGCUUUUCUUUGGAUCUCAAACAGGCUGACCCCCUCCCCUCCCCUCCUCUCUGUAAAUUGGUUAAAUCUACAUUGUUCAACCAGAGCUCCCGUCUGGGUUUUAAAAAUCACAAUUCUCUUAUACCUCAGGGGUCGGAAAUGAAAUUCUAUUCGUGUUGUCUUUGCAUCCGUAUGUUUUUCUGCUCUGAUGUGCUGCAGUGAUUCGUUCAGGAUUCAUGUCACACCAUGCUGUUGUGAUGAGUCUUAAUGUUCCCCUAAAUCUACUAGAAUAUUGACCACGCUGUCAUUAAAUUUAAUUUUAUUGAUUUUUGGUUUUUAUCAACACUCAAAUGUUCCCAUUGUUGUAUAGUAUUUUUUUUAUCAUUAUUUUUUUCUUAUUAAAACACUCUGUGAUCAGAUCCCUGAAGCUCCAGUUUAUCUCACGCCCUGACUCCUUUAGACGCCGCACACUAUUAAGAAACUGCAACUCCUCAUUUCAAGGUACUUGGACAUUCCAAGUAAACGAGUUGCCAGUUUGCCAUCCCACUGAGGUUUUUGGAAGAUUGGUAUAUACUUUGACUUUUUUGCGCAUUUUAAAGAAGAAUGGCUGACAUGAAUAAGCUGAAUGUGGUGGUGUUUGACUUGUACGUAAUCUGUAAGGGUAAUAAUCUAGGCAGCUGUGAUGUUGUCAUUAAAGUCGGUGGGUUUUAGUACCAGCAGACUGCAUUCAGUACAUAUAGUUUUAUCAGACAAUGGUUGUGACAAGUGCAUUUGUUCUCUCUCUGAGAGUAGUAAUGUUAUCUCAGUAGUAAGCGAAGCCCAGUGAAAAUCAUAUAUACUAAAGUGUAUGAAAAGCCAGAAAAGUAAUGUUUGCUAUCAACAUAUUGGAAAGUGCUUGGCUCUUGUAUUUUGCAGGACUGUAUUUGUUUCAUGGUGAAGAGUAUAUUUAUUGGCCAGCAGUUGUCUCAAUUGGUGCCUAGUUGAACAUUCUCCUGUGAAAACGCAGAGACACUCGCUCGUUCGUCCUUCCCUGAUCCGCCUACCGUCACGCAAAAACCCUCCCCGCCCCUCCAAAGUACCAGCACCGGUGCUUGCAAGGAUGUUUACAAUGUCUUCAUUUUCUUUCUGUGUGAGAAAUUCAGAACUCUCUUCUCCCUCUCCUCGUUUCUCCCUUCCUUCAGGAGUUUGUGUAAAGUGUACAUUACCAUGGUUCUUUUUUAUACAAUACUCUGUAACUUGCCUUUGUAAAUUUGGGCUGGAAAAAAUAAAUCUUUUUAUGAGACAAUC